CGGCUUCUCCAAUGGCGUCAUUCGAUGAGGCACCACCCGGAGACACCAAGGCUGGUGAGAAGAUCUUCAAGAUCAAGUGCGCGCAGUGCCACACCGUCGACCAAGGUGCCGGUCACAAACAAGGACCCAAUCUGAAUGGUUUGUUUGGAAGGCAAUCUGGCACAACUCCUGGAUAUUCCUAUUCUGCAGCUAACAAGAACAUGGCUGUGAUUUGGGAGGAGAAGACCUUGUAUGAUUACUUGCUUAACCCCAAAAAGUACAUUCCAGGGACGAAGAUGGUGUUUCCUGGUCUCAAGAAGCCACAGGAUCGUGCUGAUCUGAUUGCAUAUCUGAAACAAUCCACUGCACAAUGAUUGAAUUUCCACACAUUCAGCUUAUCAAUGUGCUUUUGGAGUUCUGUCGAUUUAAUUUUUUGACAUUGGAUUUUCGGCAAAUAAAGUAGACUU